AUGGAGUUUAGAAGCUGUAGCAUCAUCCACAUGUUGGAAUCAUGCUUUCUCCUCUUAAUUAUUUUCCAGUUCGCAGAGGGAUAUGAUCCUGUGGAUCCCAAUGGGAACAUCACCAUCAACUGGGAUUUCCAAACUAUUACUGAUGUUUACACGGUCAUGGUAAGAAUAUACAAUUUCCAGCUCUAUCGGCACGUCGAGCCGCCCGGUUGGAGGCUAAGCUGGGCGUGGGCCGGCGACGAAGUUAUCUGGGCCAUGACCGGCGCGGAAACCACUGAGCAGGGUAACUGCUCAAGAUUCAGGGGAGAAACUAUCCCACAUUGCUGCGAGAACAGCCCAGUUAUUGUGGAUUUGCCCCCCGGAACUCCUUACAAUAUGCAAGUAGCCAAUUGUUGCCGAGGAGGAGUGCUUUCGUCGACCACACAGGACCCGAUCAAGUACGCGUCAGCGUUCCAGAUGGUCGUGGGGAAUGCGAAUGCCAGGAAUUCGACGGUCGAAAAGCCGUCGAAUUUCAGUAUCGGAGUUCCGGGUUACACGUGCAGCGACGCUGUCGAUGUUGCGCCGAGCAAGUUCCGGCACGAUAACCGAAGAACUACACAAGCUCUAAAGACAUGGCAAAUUACUUGCUCCUACUCCCAGUUCAGGGAAUCAGAUCACCCAAGCUGCUGUGUUUCUCUCUCUACAUUCUACAACAACACCAUUGUCUCCUGCCCUCACUGCAGCUGCGGUUGUCAAUCGCCGAUCACGGCACCGCAAUGCGUCAGGCAAUCUCCAUACUUCUUGCAUCUACUAAACGGCGACGAUGGCUCGACGACACUCCCUGUCGUGAUGUGCACUCAGCAUAUGUGCCCGAUUCGCGUACACUGGCACCUGAAAUUGAACUACAGGGAGUACUGGAGGGUUAAGGUGACGAUCACGAACUUCAGCGUGCGCCAGAAUUACAGCAAUUGGAACUUGGUGAUUCAGCAUCCGAACCUUCGACGCCUGACGCAAGUAUUCAGCUUCAACUACCGGCCUCUUAUUCAAUACGGCGAUACAAAUGAUACUGGGAUGUUCUGGGGGAUACAGUACUACAAUGAUAUGCUACUCGAGUCCGGCGAAAACGGGAACGUGCAAACUGAGAUGCUGCUGCAGAAGGAUCCCGCGGAAUUCACAUUCAAAGGAGGAUGGGCUUUUCCUAGGAGGAUAUACUUCAACGGCCACGAGUGCGUCAUGCCGCCGCCCGAUACGUACCCUAUUCUACCCAGCGGUUGCUCCGAUGCCCGUCGUUUCGUUCGUCGAUACUUUGGUAUGUCUUCGCUGCUGCUGUUUUUCGCAUUGCUGUAG